GGUGGGAUACAGUGACAGAAGCACUCAGUUGCCACUGUGCUCAGCGGAGUGAGAUAAGUGGAGGCCUUUCAUUUCACUCCGGCUAUGUUGAAGCUACGCGCAAUGAGGGUGAGGUGUCCCCUCGUGCGAGAGUGCAUGGCCGAAUUUUUGGGAACUUUCGUCUUAAUGCUCUUUGGCUGUGCUGCUGCUGCACAAGUAAAAACCAGCAAUGAGACUAAAGGCCAGUUUCUAUCUGGCAACAUGGCCUUCUCUGUGGGAGUUAUGUCAGCCAUGUAUCUCACCAAGGGCAUCUCAGGUGCCCAUCUGAACCCAGCGGUGACCCUGAGUUUCUGUGUUUUGGGGAAGGUGUCCUGGUCGAGGCUCGUGCCCUAUUCCCUCUCCCAGGUGGUGGGGGCUUUCGUGGCGUCGGGGGUUGUCUAUCUCGUCUACUAUGAUGCCUUAAUGACUUUUAGUGGAGGAGUGUUGACUGUGUACGGCAGGAAUGAGACUGCCUCAAUAUUUGCCACAUACCCCUCUGACUACCUUUCUGUGGGCAGAAGUUUCUUUGACCAAGUAGUGGGCACCGGCAUGUUGCUGUUGUGUAUCCUGGGUUUGGAGGAAAAGAGGAACACCCCGGCUCCCUCUGAGCUGGUUCCUGUUGUAGUGGCAGCUGUCGUUCUGGGGAUCUCCAUUUCAAUGUCGGCUAACUGUGGUGCUGCCAUAAAUCCUGCUCGGGACCUGGGGCCUCGCCUCUUUACCCUAGCUGCAGGCUGGGGGACUGAGGUCUUCACGUGUUACAACUACUGGUUCUGGGUACCAUUGGUGGCUCCGCUUGUUGGAGGCGUUUUCGGUAGUUUGAUGUAUCUCAUCUUUAUCGACUGGCAGCUGCCUGACCCAGACCAACUUGAGAGGAUUUCCACCAUCAGUGAAAAACUUGCAAAAAAGGAGAUGAGUUAAAGGCUGUGAAUUUUUAAAGUUUAACGCUGAAACUACUUUUCUACUGUUAGAAAAAACAAAAAGGAAUAUCUUCUUUCAAAUGAUGUAGCUGUUUGCUCCUUAAACACAGCCAGCAGAGGUGUGUGUCAGUCAUAAGAUAAAGCUGUUUGUUUACAAUGAAAUGUGUGUUUAGUAUAAUAAUCACUGUGUGUCCUUUUUUGACUUUGUAGCUGGGAAAACUGCUAGCAUGUUCAUCUCGUUGUAAAUCAGAUAUAGAGGACUGUGUAGAUUUAAACAGUGAAAUCCAUCUUAGUCCACUGGCUGGUCUAUUGUACUCCCCUCUGCUGUUUUAACGCAUUCACAUUCUGGCAUUUCAGCCUGCAAAUAUUUCACUUUUAUAGAAAACAACACCAAAAAUUCAUACUUAGCUAUGACUUAAUAUUUGUGAAAAGGUUUUACUUUUAUUUUUUUUUCCGUUGUGUUUUAUUCCCCUGUUUUAUGUUUUUGUUUUUUUUUUUUUUCUUUUUUGUUUAACCCGUGUCUUGUUUCCCCUUGAUGAUAAUUAUGAAUUUUAUACAUUAGUCUGUCAAAAGAUGCAUGUAGUAUUUGAGGGACACUGUAGAUAAGUUUUUUUCAGUGUUUUUAGGUUUCUGUGCUCUCAUAAAGGAGAUAUCUAUCUAUAGAGAGAGAGAGAGAGAGAAUAAACAUAUAUAUACAUUAUUUUAUGUAAAUUGAACAAAUUAUUCUCAUUUCAAACUACUGAGGGAUCUAGGAGGACAUUAGAGGAAAAAGCAUGACCUUCAAGGUCUGCGUUGCUUCUCCAUUUCACUUUGUUCUGUUGUGUAUUAAUUAUGCUACCUCAGUGUUUUUUGCUGAUGGCAUUAAAAACAACCCUCACUCCCAAGACAUGUUGGGAUUCUGUGCAAAAUGAAUAGAGUGCAAUGAUUUGUAAAUCUUGUAAUGAGUGCCACCUGGAAGUUUGCUGCUCUCUGUCAUGUGAUUGGCAGAGAAGUCUUGAAAGCACACUGAGGAGGGCAAGGCAGCUCUCAUCUGUGGAAGCUCCGAGACGAUGGACUCGCUCUGGCAUGAGUGAGUUUGUGCUACAGUAAAGGACUUUUAGAGCUGGAUCAAAUGAUGACAAGUGUUUAUUUAUUUUUUAACAUGUGUCUUUGGGCAUUUGGGUGGUGAGAUUAAGGGUUUGGUUGUUUGUUAAGAUUUAAAAAAUUAAACUGACGUCCGUUUCAAGUGUUUUUUUCAAACAUGUUUUGCGGCGCUCAUUGAAGUGACUUGUCUUUUUAAUUUUCUUUCUUUUUUGAGUUGUACUACAAAAAACUUGGAUUGCUAAUUGUGAAGACAAAUCAACUUUUUUCUCUGACACUUGUCUUUCCCUAAAUCUGCUACAGGUGACUCAUAUCUUUAAUUCUUGGCAGGACUGAGACCCAACUUGCUUGCAGUGUAUGUACCCACAGGUGAAUGAAUUAAACUGACUAUUGGCAGCA